GGGAAUGUUAAACCCUGAAAAGUGAAAACUGGAGGACUGUGUAGCGUGUAGCUCAGAAUCAGAGUUGAAGAGGCAAAAGAGAUGGCGAGGACUGCUCUCCUUCACUUGAUCCGAUCACACUCUAAAAACCUCGCGACAUCAAAUGUCCUUGCAGCAGGUUAUCAACCUUGUAAGUCUGGAGCAUGGGCACGUGGUCGUGGCCUGAACAAGAAACCUAGUUUCAACUCUGGUGUUGGGAUCAAUGCUUUCCAGAAGAGGUGGGUGUCUCAAGCUGCAACAAGAGAAGAUGAUGGCAAAAUCAGCAUUGGACCACGUAGAGGUGUUGAAACUGGGAAAGAUGAAAAAGAUUCUGGGAUUGUAUACUAUGGUCCGAUCUCAUCUACUAUCAAGAAAGUGAAACUUCUCUCGCUUUCAACCUGCUGCCUUUCUGUAUCUUUAGGCCCUGUGAUAACCUUUAUGACAUCACCUGAUAUGAAUGUUAUCUUAAAGGGUGCGGUGGCAUCUUCAGUGAUAUUCUUAAGUGCUUCUACCACAGCUGCCCUUCACUGGUUUGUGACCCCAUACAUUCACAAGCUCAAGUGGAAGCCUGGUUCAGACAGUUUUGAGGUCGAAAUGUUGUCAUGGCUAGCAACUUACAUACCAAGGACAAUUAAGUUCGCCGAUAUCCGGCCACCAGAAACCCAAAGGCCGUUUGUGACUUUCAAGGCCAAUGGACAGUUUUACUUCGUCGAUGCUGAUCAUUGUCAGAAUAAGGCUUUGUUAGCAAAGCUGACCCCGCAGAAAGGACCAACUCGUGAGUCUGCUUUUAAGAACUUGUGAUCAUUUGAUGUGAAGUUCCCAGAAAUUCUCCUCUUGGUGGGUGAAUUGUGUUAUAGAAAUCAUGUUUGGCAAUGAGCUUUUGUGGCUUCUAUCUGUUUUUUGAUUUAGGAGACCCCUGUUUUCGGGUUUUUGGAUACAGAAAUAAUUAGUAUUCAAGUUAUUUACAUGGAUAACAUGGUUACUGUGGUUUUCACACUCCUA